GGAGCAGCGGCAGUGGAAGAGGCCACCUUGAACUUCCCAGCUUCAAUUCAUCUCCGCGCAGCCUUAUAUAUCCGGCCCUUUCCUCACCCUUCUGCUUCCUCUUCUCUUGUGUCGUCAGCUUGCUGUGCGCAUCUUGUAUUUCCCUUCUUCCCUUUAUCCCUCCACGGAGGCUCAAUUGAUUGACUGUCUACUUUCUUGUUUGUUUAUCUGGCCUGAGCGCUGCUGUUCAUCAUGCGUUUCAACACGGCGUUCACCUCGGCCCUUGUCUCUUCGGCCACUUUGAUGGGAUAUGCCCAUGCUGAGGAGACCGAAAAGGCGCCUGAAUCUGUUUCCGUCGCUGAGAAGCCCACUUUCACUCCUACCACCCUCAAGGCUCCUUUCCUCGAGCAGUUUACCGAUGACUGGGAGUCUAGAUGGACCCCUUCCCACGCUAAGAAGGAGGACUCCAAGUCGGAGGAGGACUGGGCCUACGUCGGUGAAUGGGCCGUCGAAGAGGCCACUGUUCUCAAUGGCAUGGAGGGCGACAAGGGUCUCGUUGUGAAGAACCCUGCUGCUCACCACGCUAUCUCGGCCAAGUUCCCCAAGAAGAUUGACAACAAGGGCAAGACUUUGGUUGUUCAGUAUGAGGUCAAGCCCCAGAACUCCCUCGUUUGUGGUGGUGCCUACAUGAAGAUCCUUCAGGAGAACAAGAAGCUCCACGCUGAAGAGUUCUCCAACACCUCUCCCUAUGUCAUCAUGUUUGGUCCCGACAAGUGCGGUGCUACCAACAAGGUUCACUUCAUCUUCCGCCACAAGAACCCCAAGACCGGCGAGUACGAGGAGAAGCACCUCAAGGCGCCUCCCGCUGCCCGUACCUCCAAGCUCACCUCCGUUUACACCCUGAUCGUCAGACCCGACCAGACCUUCCAGAUUCAGAUUGAUGGCGAAGCUGUCAAGAACGGUACCCUCCUUGAGGAUUUCAGCCCCCCUGUCAACCCCGAGAAGGAAAUCGAUGACCCCAAAGACAAGAAGCCCGCCGACUGGGUCGAUGAGUCUAAGAUCCCCGACCCUAAGGCCACCAAGCCCGAGGACUGGGAUGAGGAAGCUCCCUUCGAGAUUGUCGACGAGGAGGCUACCAAGCCCGAGGACUGGCUCGAGGAGGAACCCACCAGCAUUCCCGACCCUGAGGCCGAGAAGCCCGAGGAUUGGGAUGACGAGGAGGACGGUGACUGGGUCCCCCCUACUGUCCCCAACCCCCAGUGCAGUGAGGUCUCCGGAUGUGGCCCCUGGUCUCCUCCCUUGAAGAAGAACCCUGCCUACAAGGGCAAGUGGUCCGCCCCUCUGAUCGACAACCCUGCCUACAAGGGUCCUUGGGCCCCCCGCAAGAUUGCCAACCCUGGCUACUUCGAGGACAAGACUCCCGCCAACUUCGAGCCCAUGGGCGGCAUUGGUUUCGAGAUCUGGACCAUGCAGAAUGACAUCCUGUUCAACAACAUCUACAUUGGUCACUCCGAGGAGGACGCUGAGAAGCUCCGCAAGGAGACCUUCGACGUCAAGCACCCCGUUGAAGUCGCCGAGGAGGAGGCUUCCAAGCCUAAGCCCGAAGAGAAGGCUGCCGCUCCCAGCGUCAGCUUCCAGGAAGACCCCGUCACUUUCGUCCGUGAGAAGGUUGACUACUUCAUCGGCCUCGCCAAGGAGGACCCCGUUCACGCCGUGAAGCAGGUUCCCGAGGUCGCUGGUGGCCUGGGCGCCCUUCUCUUGACCAUGAUUCUCAUCAUCGUGGGUGCCGUUGGAGCCAGCAGCCCGGCCCCCGCUCCCGCCGCCAAGAAGGGCAAGGAGGCUGCCAGUGCCGCCAAGGAGAAGGCUGGAGAGGCCGUCAGCUCCGCCGCGGACACAGGCAAGGGUGGCGCUACCAAGCGUAACACGCGAUCGUCUGCCGAGUAAAGGCGAUCCAUAACUGUUGGGAAAAAAAAAGGAAAUAAAAAGAAAAAGGACAAAAAAAAGAUACAAGAGCAAACCUGUUACAGCGU